AUAUGCGGCUUUUUGCUUGUUUAUAUUUAACUUGGUGACGAAAGGCAGCCAUCUCUAAGCCUCUAUUCGUAUCUCUCAUUUUUAAACAGCCACUGUCAGCGCUCAAAUACGACCAAAGUGGAUAAGAAAAGGAUUUAUUGGAUGGUUAGAAUUCUCGCAUGGGGAAAUAUGCCAGUGGAAAGCGCUUGGGAUAUGACAAAACUGGCCUGAACUUCCUCUGGGAAGUGUUCGUUAAAGAGUUAACAGAGUCUACUGACUUCGAAACAAGAAAAUUGGUCGCUUCGUGGAUAUUUGGUACUCACUGUUAAGUGAGUUACCCAAUCUUUGAGGAAAGAGGUAUAAGAAAAUGAAAGAAAAUGAAGAGAAUUCUUUCCCUGUCUCGACAUCGAAUGGGUCUCCGAACGCGACUACACAACCAACUUCGAAUGAUUUUAGUUUGGUGUUCGUGGUUUUGAUGGCUGUAUUUAUGACAAUAAUGAUUAUAGUCAGUGUUAUGGGAAACUUUGUGGUAUGUUAUAUUGUAUAUCAAAAGCCAGCCAUGCGAUCGGCAAUCAAUUUAUUACUAGCGACUUUAGCGAUGGCCGAUGUAAUGACUGCAAUAUGUUGUAUGCCAUUUGCGUUGGUCACGAUCAUAACACAAGAUUGGGUUCUGGGCAACGAGUUUUGCCAUGUCAAUGGAGUACUUUAUUCAUUUUUGAUCAGCGAAUCGACUUUGGUUCUCGUUACUAUAAGCAUCGACCGUUAUCUUAUUAUCGUUAAAAGGAGAGAUACCUUAACGCCUCAGAGAGCGAAAAUUUAUAUUGUCGCUUCGUGGGUAGGGGCGAUUCUCUUGGCGAUUCCUCCAGUAUUUCACUGGGGUCAAUAUGUGUACAUACAAGGUCAACUACAGUGUUCUCUUCGCUUUCCUUACUCAAGAACAACGGGACUUUCUUACGGAAUAUUUUAUCUUUCCUUCGCUUUUGUAUUUCCGUUUCUACUCAUGACAUACUGCUACUUUUGUAUCUUAAAAACUGUGCGAAGAAAUUCCACUCGAGUUCAAAAUCAUCCACCGGUUCCCGGGGGAGCAACGAAAAUGCACAUACCCGGCCGAAUGGACAUCAACUACAGUUUUAAAACCCGAGCGUUCACUACUAUUUUAAUACUCUUUCUACUCUUCGUGGUUUGUUGUCUACCUUACACGGCGGUGCAAUUUUUACUCUUAUUUCGAGGCUAUUCCUCCAGUUACAUGACAAGCGAAGCUAGUGCAGUAUUUUUAUGGCUAACAUACUUAAAUUGUACUUUAAAGCCAGUUAUAUAUUAUCUACGUAUUGGUAAAUUUCGUGAGGCAUGCAUCGAUAUUAUGCCCUCUUGGUGUCUACAAAUACCCAAAUGUUUACCAGGAAGAACGAUUCGAAGGAUUCGUCCUCAAGCUAUCUACGAAGUGGAUAGAAAAAUCGCAGUCUCUUCGAUAUGAUAGUUUAGUUAGGACUCAAUUUUACGCUUCGGCGUGUCCAGUUUUUUACAAUGUCGAGUUUUUUAACAAUGUCGAAUUACGAAAGUCUUCGCUGGUAUAAAAUGCCAUCAAGAAAAGAAAAGAAAAGUCAAUAGAUAUACCUUAAGGAAAAAUACAGUUGAACGUCGCUAAGCGAGAACAGUUUAAAAGAAGAUUUGUAAUUUUGAAUCUAAAAUGCUCUUGGGAUAAAUCGAGAGAUAUUUUGAAUACGAAGAUUACAUUGUUGACCCAACAGUGUCGGCUUGCCUUUGAAAAAAUUAUUGAAAAUGUGCAAAAAUUAUGCCAAUAAAUAUCAAUUAUGAUAAUAUAACACC